AGGUCGGUUUCUUAUUUUAAAUAGCACUAUUAUCUGCGUUAAAUAAGUUCUGUUAAUGCAGUGUCCAUAUUUGAACUGCGACCAUCAACUGUGAGGACUGGAACGGAAAAUGCGGGGUCGGGGGUCAUGGGAUCAUAGGAUAGACGCAAAGAAUACUUCAUCCAGAAACAUUUAUACUUUUAUUCAGUCCUAGAUUAUCCUAAAUUAUAAAAUAAUAUUUAUAUUAUUAAAACAUCAGAUUUUUACAGGCCAUAACUGAAUAACUUCUGAGGCGUUUGAACUACUGGUGAUAGUAGCGUAGAAAAUGAAAAUUUAACGGAAACUUUGUAAGCUAAAGCUAUUUCUUUUCAGAACCGUUUUUGGUGUUAAUUGAAUAUGUCCCAUUUGGAGAUUUGUUGGGUUACCUUAGAAAGAGCCGUGGGCUGAAUGACACUUACUUCAAAGACCCGGAUAUCAAACCACAAACAAAUCUGACGUCACAGCAAUUGAUGAAGUUUGCUUGGCAAAUCGCUGAUGGAAUGAGUUACUUGUCAUCAAAAUCUGUGAGUUGCAGAAAGGUUUUUCCUUGGUAGAUUUAUAAAUCGUGAAAAACUUUUUCCUUUCUCUGCUGCUAAUUCUUAGUCACUGUUUAAUAAAUAUGCUGUGGAAAGACAGUAAAUGAAUGUCCUUUAGAAAGUUUCCUUUGCCCGACUCUAUCUCUCGCAAGUGGUAUUUCCUGUUAACUAGAGAGGGAUUCAUUCCUUUAAUAUAUGUCAUCUGUUGUAAGGUUUGCUUUAGUUUAUUUUACUCUGAAGUUAACAUAAGUUCAGCCUUACAUCAGAAACCAUUCUGUGGUGGAAAAAAAAGAUAGUUUGAUGUUGUCUUUCUCUGCUUUUUACCUAAGAUUAGUGUCAACAUAUGAACUGCUAACAAUCCCGCAUUUAGGGACAAAAGCAUCAAGCCCGUAAUUGGUAUUUCUAGGUGUUAAAUUUGAAUUUCUGAUUUCCCUUAUGUUUAUUCCUCGCUGUAAGAUCAUCCACCGAGACCUCGCAGCCCGUAAUGUGUUGGUUGGAGAAGAAGAAACGUGUAAAGUGACAGACUUUGGAAUGGCUAGAAAUGUGCAAGAGGAAAAUAUUUAUGAAAAGAAGACAAAGGUAAUUGAGAAAUAGGCUUAACCUCACCAUAUAACAGUUAUUUAUCCUUGUGGGGACAAACGUGUGGGAGGAGAACGUUGUAAAGAAUACAAUGGUGAAUUAGAAAGAUGUGUUUUGCAUUUUGUUAUCUCUAUACCAAUAUUAAAAUGAUCCCACGCAUUCUGCAUUUGGUAUGAAAGGGUCGCCUUCCAGUGAAGUGGACAGCUUAUGAGGCGCUGUUAUAUGGCAAAUAUACGACCAAAAGUGAUGUGUAAGUCUAACCUCUUUCAUUGACUUUGACUAUGUUCAAUAAUUCUAAAAACAGUUAUUCAAUCGCUAUUGUUAAAAACAGUUAUGCUGUUGAAAGUUAAACCAUACAUGACUACAUAUCUAUUUUCUUUUUCAGUUAUUCAAUUUUUAGAAAUGUUUUUAUUGUCUCUUAGAUGGAGUUAUGGAGUUGUCCUCUACGAGAUUUUUACAAUAGGUAAUGCGUCGACAUACGAUGAUAGUUCUCGAUGGCGUAGGUUUAGGUAGCAACAGAGAAGGUCUUUCACCCACAACUUUCUGUUUUAUGAUUAACUUUCCGUCUUAGUUUUAAUGGUAUUUAGCAGAUUGUAGCUUUACAACUGAGCUGGGACUUUUGAUUUCAAAGAUAAGAAUCUCCCAAAUAAAUCAGAAAAAGUUUGAAAAUUUAACGUGAGUUGAAUGAUUGCUUUUCGGGAUGAAGUAGAAUUUUCAUUCUUUCAUUUAGGUCGUAAUCCUCCCCUCCCCUACUGCUUACGAUAGAGACCGAAAAAACUCCUUCGGGGUUAAUGCUUCAUCACUUAGUUUCUCUCUGAACUUCGAAAUCUCCUCAUACUUUUGGGGAAUUUUGAAAUGGAACCAAAGUAACAGAAUCGCGAUUUGGAGAAAAAAUUCUUGACUAGAAUUCUAAAACAGGAAGUUGAGGACAUAUAAAACCGUCCUGCAAUUGACAUCAGUGUAAGAACCUCUUAAGUUUUUGUACGAUUUCUCACUUUUAUUUUCCUGGGCUCAAUAUUUAUGAUUUCUUCGUUCUUCGCCAUUCGUGAACAUAACAGGUGAACACCAAGGAUGAGCUCCACCUUUGUUACUGCUAAAAUGCUGUGGAACGCUUUAUGCAUCUCGGAAACCAUUUCAUAUCCAAGUCACUUACUACAAUGUACUUCCUUGAUGCCUCUUUUGCUAUCUUUUAGUUAAUUUUGUAAAACAUCUUUUACAGUUUCCAAUCAGGACUUCUUUUAUAAAUUUACAUUUUUAUCAGUCUAUUCAGUGAAAGAAAUACCCAAAAAGCAUUUGAAUGAGUAUAUUGCCCCUUAUAAAAGACCUUUGCUGUUGUUAUAAGUUAAUUAAUGUCCACGUCUUUCAUUAAAAGCUUUUCUCCUUUCAGGUGGUUCGCCUUAUCCACGGAUGGAUGGCAAGAAAAUUGCAAACUUACUUCAGCAGGGAUACAGAAUGCCCAAACCUCAGCACGUGGAUGAUAAGCUGUAAGCUUAAUUUUAAAACUGUCAAAUUAACAAUUUUGUAACUGUACCAUGGAGUGGUGGAAUUAUGUUUUCUAGUUUAAGUCGUUCUCAUCUCUUGUACCUUAAAACCUCUAGCUCCUGAUGAUUGUUGCAUGCUGAAAUAUCAAAUCAUGUUUUUAUUUUCCAUUGGGAGUAUAGAAAUAUGAAUGUUUUUUAUAGAUAUUUUCAUCUAAAGGUCGUAGGUGACGGCAAAUUGAGCUUCCCAAGCCAAGAAAGACUUCAUCGUGCAAUCUCAUAACACGCGUAUGUUUGUCAAUUGGUUAUAUACUAUUUAUGAUGUGAAAGGAUUUACCUGAAUCAUGAUUUCGUAAUCUUAAGGUAUGAGAUAAUGAUGAAAUGCUGGCAAGAUGACCCCAAGAGGAGACCGACAUUUAUCGAUCUAAGAAAUCAGUUGAAAGGCAUGGAAACAUCACAUAAGGUGGAACUACUCUAUUUGUCUACCUCAUAAAUAAAUUCAUCUUUGAAAAACCUGUCGUUAACUCACCUGAAAGGCAGAUUUCCUGCCAAUUUCUACGACUAGAAUUCAAAAAGAAGUCUUAAAAACAAGUCUGGUGUAAUCGGUUUGUAUGCCUUUCCUGUUUUCGUCCGCAGAGGCUGAUCAACAUGAGGAUGUACGACAACAAGUUAUAUGGAAACAUUGAAGAUUUGGUCGAAUAGACAACUAGCGAAACGUCAUUAUCGUUGAUGGAAGCGUAUACUUUUAAGUUUACCCAUUUUUAAAAAUUUUUUUUAAUCCAUGAUACUCCCUUACACUAAGCUAUAAAAUGCGGGGCAAGAAGAUAGUAUGUAAAAAAAUGCGGCCUUUCAAAAGCCAUUGAGGUAAAUAAAUGCAUUCGAUCUUUUUGGGUUCAGAUUUGAAUAACUACUGUCAAAAUUGUCACUUUUUCAUAAUCAUUUCCCGGGACAUAUUUUGGUAGUUUGUAGUGAGACAUUCAGAUGAUUUAUCACUUUAUAUAAAUAUCAGGUCUCUUUUGCCUUUCAUCAUCCAGUUUCGCGGCCACAUAGAAUUUUGAAUAUAAUGUCAAUUAUCCAGUGUCUCCUUAUUUGCUGAAAGUUCAUGCC